AUGUCUGCGGGCCUCAGGGUACACGAAGAGGUGGAGGAGCAGGAGCAGGAGUGGGUUGAACAGGGUUGCAAUGAAUCAAGAUCGAGUUCCAAUGUCGAUGUCCGCUCACCACAAGAGGAAGAACAGCAACAUGAGAAUGCUGUUGUCUCGCUAGCGCGCAAGUUCACUGCACAGUCCCAUCAGUCUCACCACGAAUCACCAUUCCAAGCGAGCAAAGGCUCCAAUCUCGAUCCAAACUCUCCCACAUUCAAUGCCCGAUCCUGGGCGAAGGCUUUCUACAACGUUAGAUAUAGCUCAGAUGUACCAGCGCGCGUAGCUGGCGUAGCCUUCAAGAACCUAAAUGUCUCGGGCAUUGGCUCGCCUACCGACUUUCAGUCCAGUGUUGCCAAUGCUGUUCUCAAGCUACCUGCGAUCUUUGGGAGAGGUGCGCAGAAGAUCGAUAUUCUUCGUGACCUGGAUGGACUAGUACUUCCUGGAGAACAAUGCUGCGUACUGGGACCACCCGGCAGCGGCUGCUCUACGCUACUCAAGACAAUAUCUGGGGAGACCCAUGGCUUCAAGGUCAGCCCUGAUUCGGUGAUCAACUACCAAGGCAUCGCACCAGCAGAGAUGCACAAACAGUUUCGUGGGGAAGCCAUAUACACAGCGGAGGUUGACAGGCACUACCCUCAAUUAACGGUGGGAGACACAUUGUACUUUGCCGCUCUCGCCCGCACGCCUCGCACGAUUCCAGGCGGUGUCUCUCGCGAACAAUAUGCGGAGCAUCUUCGAGACGUCAUCAUGGCCAUGUUUGGCAUCAGCCACACGAUGAACACCCGCGUCGGAAACGACUUUGUACGUGGAGUGAGCGGAGGGGAGCGGAAGCGGGUUACCAUUGCCGAAGCCGCUCUGAGUUACGCGCCCCUUCAAUGUUGGGAUAAUUCCACUCGUGGUCUGGACUCUGCGAACGCCGUUGAAUUUUGCAAAACGCUUCGCACCCAAUGCGACGUCUUCGCAUCUUCCACCUUCGUGGCGAUCUACCAAGCACCACAAGCCGCUUACGAUCUAUUCAACAAGGUCACCGUUCUGUAUGAGGGCCGACAGAUCUAUUUCGGACCCGCACAAAGCGCUAAAGGCUACUUUGAGCAACUUGGCUUUGUGUGCCCCGAUGCACAGACUGUCCCCGACUUUCUCACGUCUAUGACCUCUCCAUCCGAGCGGAUCGUCAAAUCCGGAUUCGAGGAUCGCGUUCCAAGGACCUCCGAUGAAUUCGCAAGAUGCUGGCAACAAAGUGAUGAACGGAAGCUUCUCUGGGCACAGAUCGAUGAGUACAGUCGUGAGCACCCUCUGGACGGUGUCGGUCACAGCAAUUUCGCCGCGGCGAGGAAGUUGGAGAAGUCCAAAGCUCAGCGCGAGCGCUCGCCAUAUACGCUGUCAUAUUUUGGCCAAAUUAAGCUCUGCAUGUGGCGAGACGUGCAACGCCUGAAGGCUGACCCAGCGGUGCCAAUCUCAAUGCUUGUCAUCAAUCUUGUCGAGGCUUUGAUAAUCGCGAGCAUCUUUUUCAACCUGGCAGGCGACACUUCUUCUUUCUUCUCCCGAGGCGCUGUCCUUUUCAUGAUGGUGCUCCUGAAUGCUUUUGGCAGCAUGCUAGAGAUAUUCUCUCUGUAUGCAAAGCGAGAGAUCGUGGAGAAGCACAAUCGUUACGCUUUAUAUCACCCGAGUGCCGAAGCCAUGGCUAGUAUGAUCGUGGAGUUACCCUACAAGAUCACGAAUGCAACACUCGUCAACACAACUUUGUACUUCAUGGCAAAUCUCCGCCGCGAUGCAGGAGCUUUCUUCUUCUUUUUUCUUAUCGCCUUCUCGAUGUUGCUUUCGAUGUCAAUGUUCUUCAGGUUUUUUGCUUCCAUCACCAAGACUAUUGCUCAAGCGCUAGCCCCGUCGUCUAUCAUUUUGAUGGGACUCGUGUUGUACACCGGAUUCGCUAUCCCCGUAGCCGAUAUGAGAGGCUGGGCCAGUUGGAUCCGCUAUCUCAACCCCAUAUCCUACGGCUUCGAAAGCGUGAUUGUGAAUGAGUUCAAUGGCCGUCAAUUUCCGUGCGCGCAGUUCAUUCCAUCCGGACCCUCGUACGAGGGUAUUACUCCCAGUCAGCGAGCCUGCGCCGUCAAAGGUGCCGUUGCCGGCGCCAACUAUGUCAACGGGACGGCAUUCGCGAGCACUACGUAUGACUAUCAGUACGCCCACCGGUGGCGCAACUUUGGGAUCAUCGUUGUGUUCAUUAUCGGUCUCGCCGCACUGCACCUUAUCACGUCCGAGCUAGUUGCUUCUGCUCGCUCUAAGGGAGAAGUCCUCGUUUUUCGGCGCAAGAAUCUUCAAGCCCUGGCAAAGCGUCAUAGACUUGAUGAAGAAACCGGGAGAGAUACUGCCGUACAAACCGAUAAAUAUAGCAGUGACAGCGACGCUGCCUCAAAGGUGGAGAAGCAGCGGAGUAUCUUCCAUUGGGAAGAUGUCUGCUAUGAGGUGCAAAUCAAGGGCGAAACUAGGAAGAUUCUGCAGAACGUCGACGGCUGGGUAAAGCCAGGUACUCUGACAGCCUUGAUGGGUGUGAGUGGAGCCGGAAAAACUACAUUACUGGAUGUCCUCGCGAGCCGCACGACUAUGGGUGUCAUCUCCGGAUCAAUGUUCGUCGACGGUCGGGAACGAGAUGGGUCAUUCCAGAGACAGACGGGAUACGUCAUGCAGCAAGACAUACACCUUCAUAGCAGCACUGUACGCGAGGCACUCGAGUUCAGCGCCCUGCUACGCCAGCCAGCAGACUACUCCCGACAAGAGAAACUGGCAUAUGUCGACGAGGUCAUUCGUCUCUUAGACAUGGAGGACUACGCCGAUGCUGUUGUCGGUGUGCCAGGUGAAGGUCUUAACGUUGAACAGCGAAAGAGACUUACCAUUGGAGUUGAGAUCGCUGCCAGACCAAAGCUUCUACUCUUCCUUGAUGAGCCGACCUCUGGUCUGGACAGUCAGACUUCGUGGUCGAUCUGCGACCUGAUGGAGAAGUUGACGAAGAAUGGACAGGCGAUUCUCUGUACUAUCCAUCAGCCCAGCGCGAUGUUGUUUCAACGCUUCGAUCGCCUCCUUCUACUGGCCAGGGGCGGCCGUACGGUCUACUUCGGAGACAUUGGGCGCGAGUCGCACACUCUCAUCGACUAUUUCCAACGCAAUGGUGGAGCGAAGUACGACCUGAGUAUGAAUCCUGCCGAGUACAUGCUAGACGCUAUAGGUGCGACCCCAGGUUCGACUCACACAGACAUCGAUUGGCCUACGGUAUGGAAGUCUUCCGCCGAGUAUGCGGAGAUCCACACAGAACUUGCAAGGCUUAGGGAGCUCCGGAAGGAGCCAUCCGCAGUCAUGGAUACAGAUGAUUCCAGCUACCAAGAGUUUGCCGCGCCGUUUACCACACAGUUCCUCGUUGUUGCCAAUCGGUGUGCUCAGCAAUACUGGCGAACUCCUUCGUACAUCUACUCUAAAGCUCUGCUCUCCAUCGGCUGCUCCCUGUUCAUCGGCUUCUCGUUCUUCAAGAUGGAGAACACAAUCCAAGGACUCCAGAACCAGAUGUUUGGAAUCUUUGUGUUUCUCUUCGUCGUCAUCCAGCUUCUGUAUCAGAUCAUGCCCAACUUCGUUGUGCAGCGAACCUUGUAUGAGGCGCGUGAACGUCAAUCGAAGACCUACAUGUGGCAAGUCUUUCUCUUCUCCAACAUCUUCGUUGAGAUGUUUUGGAAUCUUAUCAUGGGUAUCUUCUGCUUCCUAGUAUGGUUCUAUCCUGUAGGCCUGUACCGCAACGCGGAGCCUACAGAUGCUGUGAACAUCCGAAGCUUCGGAAUCCUCCUCAUCAUCGUUGCGACAUUCCUUUUUGCUAGCUCGUUUGCUCACAUGCUGAUUGCUGGCGCACCCAGCGAAGAAGUUGCGGGAGGUAUCGCAACGUUGAUGAGCAUCAUGCUCUACGCCUUCUGUGGCAUCCUGUCUGGACCGGACAAGCUCCCUCGCUUUUGGAUCUUUAUGUACCGCGCAAACCCUUUCACCUAUCUGGUGAGCUCUCUCAUGAGCACAGCGCUAGGACAGGCGGACGUGUAUUGCUCGCCGAACGAGUUCCAGAAUUUUUCGCCGCCGCCAAACCAAUCCUGCGGUCAGUACAUGCAGGACUACAUCAAUAUGGCUGGUGGAUAUCUUCAGGAUCCAAGCGCGACCGAUACCUGUGGCUUCUGUCAGCUAUCAAGCACUGAUCAGUUCUUGCAGCAGAUCAAUGCUACCUGGGACAAUCGGUGGAGAGACUUUGGGCUGUUGUGGGUGUAUGUCGUCUUCAAUGUUGCGGCAGCUACGGCCUUGUAUUGGCUAUGCAGAGUGCCUAAGAACAAGAAGAAGACGAAGGCUGCAUAG